AUGUUUGCAACUUGUUUCGCAGAAGAGCCGAGCACGAGUUUGGUGACCUAUGCUCGCCAACUCCGGGCUAAAGCGGCAAGGAUCACGAUUAGCGACUUGCAGCUCUUUCCGAUGUACGUGGUCCCAGUAGAUGCCCUCCUGGGAAUGACGAGCCUUCGGCCACAUGAAGAGCUCCUAGCAGACAGAGUGCUCGUGGAGUUUGACCAUCCCAAAGGACAUGCUAUGUUCGUGUCGCAUCAGUGGGCUGCCAUGGACCACCCCGAUCCCAAUUUUGAUCAGUUCGAGGUCUUGCAGGGUGCACUCAGGAAAGCACUGUCGGGGGAGACAACCAUCUGUGCGGAUGUCAGCAUCGAGUUGUACACAGGGCAGCAGACUCACCUACCAGCCGAGGAGUUACGGUCUAAGCCUCUCUUCAUUUGGUACGACUACUUCGCCUGUCCGCAAGACUCCCUCCAAGAUCGGGAGCUUGCCAUCUCCAGCAUUCCUGCCUACGUAGACAAGGCGAUUUUCUUUGUGAUCCUUUGCCCUCAUGUCCAUCACCGCGAGAACCAGGGUCUACUGUCCAAGCGAUCUUGGGAAUCUCGAGGUUGGUGCCGCCUUGAGCGUGCUACCCGAGAACUCAGUGCACAGGCGAGCAAGGGCUUUUGCAUCGAGAUUCAGAGCUCUGUCCAUCAGUUCUUGGCUCCUACCUGGGAUUGGGUGCACAGUCCAGUCGGUGAAGGCGAGUUCACUUUCGAUGAAGAUCGACAAAGCCUUCUACCAAUCAUCGACACCAUGUUACGAAAAAAGCUCCACUCUUACCUUCUGGAGGGUGAUUUCCACCACUACCGCUUGUUGCUGAACCUGCAGAGCGUCCAUCUCCGAGGCCUUCCGAUCAGAAUGAUUGAGGACUUGGUGCCGGGCUUUGCCACGGAGCUCCUUGAUCCUGCUGCUUCUGCCUUGGAGAAGUUCAUGUACCAGAACGGCUUGAGCCACAUCCAUGAGCGGAACGAGGGUGGUUGGUCCCCAAUUUGCUAUGCCGCCAUCUCGGGUAACCCGAUGCUUCUUGCCAGCCUACUCGACCAGAAAGCAGAUGUCAAUGAUAACAUCACGCAGGUCGAAGAUCUUUUCCACUUCAAUGCCGGCACCCGCAUUGUCCACAUGUGCGCACACCUCCGGCAUAAUGAUGCUCUACGUUUGCUGAUUGGUGCGCGGGCUGAUUUGCAAACAAAAGAUGGUUGGGAGGCCUCUGCCAUUCACUGGGCAGCCUUGGCAGGCAACGCCGAAGGAAUCCAAAUUCUGCGAUCGGCGGGAUGCAGUCCAACAGAUGCGAACUUGCUUGGUUACCUACCAUUCACCUUGGCAGCAAUGUCCCCAUCGAACACCGUCGCCACCAUGCAGGAGUUGUUACAAGACACCCCCUCCUCGGAGAUAGACCUUACAAUCUUCUGUGCGAUGCUCCAUGCAAAUUUAUCCGCCGAAGUAGUGUCGCUGUUGAUCGACGCCGGGGCCGAUGUGAACCACCGGCUGAGCGUACCCUUCUUCAGUGCACUGGGUGUGCUUUUUGCAGGGUACAGCCUCAAGCAUCGGUGGAAGUCAUCCACCCUGAGCACCUAUGCUUACCACCAUGAGAAGGCCACUCCUCUCAUGUGCAGCAUCAUUACCAGCUCCUUUGAGGCCACUGCAGUCUUGAUUGCGGCCGGUGCGCGGACCGACCUCCAAAAUGCCCGAGGCUUCACCGCCACGGCGCUCGCCGAGGAGGUGGGAGCUCCGGCCUACAUCAUCGAAGCUUUGAAGGAGGAGACCGGGCCCGCAAGGGCCAAGCUCGUGACAGACUUUGCAGAAAUGGUGCCUUACCUUGGCUACGUUGCAGAAACCGUCUAA